AUGGCAGCGCCGGUCGCCGUCGCGGCCCUGGCGCGCGUGCCAAUCCCAUCGCGGCCGUCGGCGGGACACCUCCGAGGCUUCGACGACGAUAAAUGCGGGGCGCCCCCGCGCGUGGGACGGGCUCGCUGUGCGCUCACGCGCGCUCGCCUCGCGCCGCUCUCGCGUCGGCCAAACGCCCGCGCCGCCGCCGCCGCCGCCGCCGCCCGGGCGACCGAGUCGUCGGACGCGCCUCGCGACGACGGAGCGGACGGGGCGCCGGUGGAUGGGACGCCUCUCGCGCCGAGGUUCCUCGACAUCGCCGGCGACGCCGACGCGGUGCGCGCGGGGGUGGAUGCGCUGUCGGCCAAGGAGAUCAAGGACGAGCUCAAGCAUUUCGGCGUGGCCAUCGCGGGGAAGAAGGACCAGAUCGUGGAACGACUCGUGGAGUGUUACUCCCUGACGGUGCGCGCGCUUCACCCCGACCCGCCAACGCCGUCGACGCAAACCCUGCCCGCCGCCGGGGAGGACGUCGUCGCCGCGAUGCGAACGCGAACGAUGAGUAAGGUGAAGGCCGUCUCCGAGGAGCGCGCGGCGGCGGCGGCGCGACGCGACGCCAGACGCGCGAGAGUCGGCGUCUACGAGCAAGUCUCCGAUAAGACGGCGAAGAAGCUCGCGGCGACGAGGCGAAGGGCCGUCGCGGGCGCGCAGGGCGCCAGGGCGUCGGGGGUUACCAACGGCCGUCGCUCGAGGGCGGCGAAGCUCGCGGACAUCGCGGACGUCGCGCUCGACCCGGACGUCCUCGGCGACGUCGGCGUCGGUUUGGGCGUCGACGCCGCCGACGAUUCGGCGAGGGAAAACGCGAGGUACUCGAUGGCCAACCCGCGCGAGGACGCGACGCGUAAGACGAAGCUCAACGUCGCCAGGCGCGAUCUGGACCGGCAGGCGGACUUCCAGGGCGCGAUGAACGACGUGGGGUGGUACAUGUGCGAGGUGCCGGAGGGGCGCGAGCAACAGGCGGCGGACAAGAUCGACGCCAUCGCCAGGACGGAAAAGACGGAGGGCGAACCGAUCACGACGUGGGUCCCGCGGGUGCCGAACGAUGAUUUCUGCGUCGCUCGGAGCGACGCGGAGGGCAAGACGCGGAUCGAUUUGCUCCGAUCGGUGCCUCCCGCGGGGGAUGGUCCCGGCGACGAGACCCUGCCGUUCCCCGGGUACGUGUUGGUGCACAUGAAGCUGUCGCAGACGACGCUCAACUCGCUCGAGGAGAUUUACGGCGUCAAAGGGUUCGCGAGCAGCGGGGUGACCAAGUACGGCAGCACCCGGCGUCAGACGGGGGAACGACCGAGACCGGUGCCGGCGAUGCAGCUGGAGACGAUGAUGAAGAUGUGCGACGUCCGCGUCGUCAGCGACGCGGAGCACGCGAAGAUUACGGAGGCGCUCAAGCGGCGAAGAGAGGCGGAGGAGAAGGCGGCGGCGAUGGGGACGAUCCCCGCCGCGGACGAUGGGGACGUCCAGACGCACAAGAGCGCGGAUCCCACGGCAGAUUCAAACGCAGAGCCCAUCGUUGGUGAGGAGGCGAUGGCGCUGAGGGACGCCGCCAUCCGCCCGGGAGCGGCGACGGCGACCGGGGCGGGCGCGGCGUCCAUCGAGGUUGUCGCGGGUCCGUUCAAGGGGUUCAAGGGUUACGUCACGUCGGCUGAUAAACCGCGCGGGGACGGCGCGGUGGACGCCAAGCUGGUGAUAUUCGGACGCGAGACGGACGUCACGCUGGAAGCCGGCGAGUUCGAGACGCUGUGA